ACUCGGUGACAAUUAAAAUUUUUUUUCUCUCCAUAGAAUUACGAAAGUAUUAACAGGGAUCCAGUGCACUCGUUUUUUUCAUAUGCUUUCGCUGUGGAUACCUAUACCCCUUCAAAACUGGUCUUCCAAGAUUGAUAGUCUCUCGGUAGCGAUCAAGCGUUGGGCACGUGAUUGAGUAUUGAUAAAAUCCUUUUUUUAAAAAAAAAUUCUUCUUCGAAGAAACGAGAGAAUAUGUGCGAUGUGAAGAUGUCAUCGCCGAACAAAAUAUUCAAGCCAGUUACACAUUGUAUUUUUGAUAUGGAUGGUCUUUUGCUGGACUCCGAGAAAAUUUAUCGGGAAGCUUUCUCUGAGGUCUUUGCCAGGUAUGAUCGAAUCUACACGGAAGAAGUGAAAAUGAAGGCCAUUGGGAAACAGCCCUUAGACUGCUUACGGACCAUAAUCGAUCUGCUGAAAAUACAUGAUGCCACUCCAGAACAACUUGCAGAGGAGAUCAAAGAGCUGCUGAAAGAUCGGAUCAAGGCUGCUAAAUUUAAACCAGGAGCGGAGAAACUAAUUCAUCAUCUGGCAGCUCAUAAGAUUCCGAUGGCCAUAGCGACGAGCGCAUGGAUUGAAAUGUUGGAAACUUUGAAAGCUUGUCAUGCAAAAACUUUUUCUCUUUUCCAUCACAUUGUCGCUGGUGACAGUGAUCCGGAAGUUAGAGAGGGCAAACCUUCGCCCGAUAUUUUCUUAGUCUGUGCCUCGCGGUUUGACGGAGCCCCAGGCCCCACCCCUUGUCUGGUUUUUGAGGAUGCCCCCUCUGGUGUGCUGGCAGCAAAGCGAGCUAAAAUGCAAGUUGUCAUGGUCCCAGACAGUAUGGUUACGCAAGAUUACAGAGACCAAGCUACUCUAGUCAUCAACUCACUUGAAGACUUUCGCCCAGAGGAUUUUGGUUUGCCUCCUCAUUAACUUAUUCAAACAAUCAUGGAUUUUUGCUCCCCCAUAAACGAAUAUUGUAAUACUACAAUGCCAUUCAUAAUAUUGUAAAAAUAAUUAAAUAAAUGAGCAAAUAUAUAAAAAUUA